AUGCCGCGCCGGGACACCGAGACCCGUGCAGCCCAUCUGACAGUCUGUGUAUUCCUGUUUUUCUUCCUCUGCUCCACCUUAUCGGCCUCCAUUCGACUAUUUAUGAUCGUCGUCGGAGAAGUGGUAUAUUCAUGGUACUGGCUGGUCGACCUCUCGAAUCUUCUAAUGAAUAUCUUCGCCUUCGUCACCCCAAUUCUGUGCUAUAUUUUCACCAGGGGGUUCAAGGAUCUAUUCUUCGUGAUCCGCCGCCCGACGAAGAAACGUGGCCUGCCCUUCUUUGAAGAUGUUUCCGAGAGAAGACAGAGUCAUAUUCUUGUCGAUUCUCCAUUGAGACAUCAACAGGCUAUGGCAUUG